GAAGUCAUGGAGGCUAUUUGCUCCAGCCCUCUGUUUCGAAUCGCGGCUCCUGUGUAUGACCAGGAAUCGGUUCGUCGUGCAGCGUCUGAGUUCUCCGAUAUUAACAAAAGCAACAUUUUGACUGGCUGUGUAGGCUGUGUAGAUGGAUGGCUAUGUGCAAUUAAAGCUCCUUCUAGCCGUGAAGUCCCCGAUGUAUCGGCAUUCUUUUCGGGCCAUUAUCUUCGACAUGGAAUUAACGUCCAAGCGAUGUGCGAUGCGGCGUGUCGGUUCACUGAUUAUUGCAUCAAUUCUCCGGGCAAAGUUGCUGACAGUGUGGCUUUUAAAAAGUGGAAGUUAAGCUUGGGCAUAGCCAAUCUGCCUUUGGGAUAUUACGUCAUUGGAGACAACGCAUAUCCUUUGUCCUCUACGGUCCUUGUUCCUUUUACCAAGCCGGAGAUCAAGUCUACUGACUAUUCCGACUACAGCUUUUAUUUAUCUCGGCUAUUGAGGGUUGCUGGUCUUGGGUACUGUGUACCAGUUGUACCCAUUAACCAGUUAACCCGAACCGGUCCAAUCCGAACCCACGUUGAUUAUGGUGAUUACGGUAAGUUGUUUACGCCACCGAUGAUUAGACGAGUAGGAUGA